AUGCCAUCCCAAGCAUCAUUCUUCCACUCCGUUUCCCUAGCACGAAUACUUAUCUCCGAUGCGCAUCCACGAAAGCCUCCCAAAGCAAGGUAUCCACUUUCCUCCUAUCAAGACACCCCUCAACCCUUACCCACUUGUCCUAUUCCCCUCAUAGAGACAAGUUGUAAGAAUACUCAUCCUCCAUAUUCUGACUAACCCAAAGCACAACCGAGCUACAAAACACAUUAGUCCAAUUCCAAUUCCAACCUAACCUCCAACCACCAUCGCGACCAAGAACUCACCUCAACAUAACCAGCCCAUUCGCCAACACAUUCGCAACCCCCAUAUAAAGCGUCGGCCACACCGCCCCCGCAACAAUAUACUUCAACACCAACACCGUGACACCCCCCGCCAUACCACCCGCCAGACUCGCAAAGCCGAGGAAGAGAACCACCCGCGCCUUCCACGCCACGCCAGAGCCCGAGUACGAGAACGAAUCCGCCGAGAGCCGUGUCUUCUCAAUCGAAUUGAUGAUCAGCAUUCCCAGCGCCGAGAAGAUCAGAGGCAGCCAGUCGAUGAAGCGGAUGUGGAUAGGCGGAUCGGAGCCAUUGAGCGGCGAGUGCGAGAAGACUGAGGCAUCGAGGAGGAUGAAGAACGCGAGGGAGAACUGGGUUGAGGGUGUUAGUAGAGCUCUUGCGAUGUGA